CUAAAAAUGUUCUCUUACUCAACCUGUCCUUGAAUAAAUUGUAAUUUGCUUUACUGCGCAGUGCCCUCAGGCGGAGGAGAAGCAAAGCAUCUUUUUGUAAGAAAAAUGCGUAAAUAUUUUGGAGAUGUUUUGUUUGAGUAAAACAGCGGUCGCGCAAAAAUGCGAGGAUGCUUGCCUUUGUUGAAAAAAUGUUCAUGAGAAGGAAAAUUACCGAAUGCAAAUGGAAGUAAAAAAAAGAAUUUUUUGGGAGGAAUUGAUGGCCGAAAAAGCUGGUUUGUUUUCUUCACAGCGAAAGUUCUUUAUGUGAUUGUGAUUUGCCUAUAAAAGAAUUGUGUAUUACCAAACGAAAAUUAUUCCUUCUACCAUAAUAAUUUGAUUUUAUAUUUUUAAAAAAUAUUUUUGGUAAUUUUCUUUUAAUUUUAAAGUAAAUAAUGAACGAGGCAAAGUUGGUCAUUGGGAUUGCUUCUGCAUGUUCAAUCGCUUCGAUUUUGGCUGUGUUGGUGGUUGUUCCCCAACUUUACAACCAAAUGAGCGAUGUGAAUUCUCGAGUAUUCGAUGGUGUUCAGGCUUUCAGAGUUAAUACUGACUCUGCAUGGACAUCUUUAAUGGAGGUCCAAGUCAGCGUUACUCCACCAUCCAAGCCACGCGAAAAUCCAUUCAAUUCAAUCUUCUUACGUCAAAAGCGUGGCCUUCCUGGACAUUGCAACUGUGGUCCACCAAUCCAACCCCAAUGCCCACCUGGUACACCAGGACCACCUGGUCCUCCUGGACCUGCUGGAAAUCCAGGAGGCCCUGGCCAACCUGGAGGCCCUGGCCAACCUGGAACACAAGGACCACCCUGCCCUCCACCAUCAACCACUUGCCAAAAGUGUCCUGCUGGACCACCUGGCAAUCCUGGAGGCCAAGGCCCACCUGGACCGCCUGGAGGAAACGGACCUCCUGGUCCACCUGGUGGAGGAGGUGGCUCAGGACCACCCGGCCCGCCUGGUCCACCCGGUCCCCCUGGAGGACCUGGCCAGCCUGGAGGACCUGGACAACCCGGACCAGCUGGAAAUCCUGGAGUCAAAAGCACUUCUGUUCCUGGACCAAAAGGACCGCCUGGCAAUCCUGGAGGCCCUGGUACGCCUGGAGCACCUGGAGGACCUGGCCAGCCUGGAGGACAAGGUCCACCCGGACCUCCUGGUCCCCCUGGAGGAAAUGGAACCCCUGGCCAGCCUGGAGGACCUGGACAAGCAGGACCAGCUGGAGUACCAGGACACGAUGGAGCAUAUUGUCCUUGUCCACCACGCACAAGUGUCUUUGCCCGCCGAUCACGUGUCAAAGUAUAA